AUGAAAAUUGUCAUGUUGUAAGUUCUAUGGAUAUUUAAUAUUCUGUCUCACUACCAAAAUUCAAAAUUCUUUGGUGUUAAGAAACAUGGAUUUCAAUUUCACGUGUCUAUGAAGACUACUAGCUUGUUUUGUUUAAAGUCUAAUAACAACAAGAAUGGCUACAUCUCCAUGACCAUAAAUGACAAAGUACAUAGAGAAGAUUGAGGGGUCUGGUACAAAGAAAUCAAGGCGGUUUUCCAGGAGCCAUGUCAGCCACCAAUAUCACCUCAACCCAUCCAGCUGCCUUCUUGUUAAUUGGAAUUCCUGGUUUGGAGCACCUACACAUCUGGAUCUCCAUUCCUUUCUGCUUUGCCUACACUCUGGCACUUCUGGGCAAUUGCACCCUUCUCUUUAUUAUUCGGGUUGAUGCAGCCCUUCAUGAACCCAUGUACCUCUUUCUGUCCAUGCUGGCAAGCAUUGAUCUGGUCCUCUCGACUACAACAUUGCCCAAAAUGCUGGCUAUUUUUUGGUUCAGAGAUCAAGAAAUCAACUUUUAUGCCUGCCUGGUCCAGAUGUUCUUUCUGCACUCCUUCUCUAUCAUGGAGUCAGCGGUGCUAUUGGCCAUGGCCUUUGACCGCUAUGUGGCCAUCUGCAAGCCGCUAUAUUACACCACAAUCCUGACUAGGCCACUUAUCACCAAGAUUGGCAUGGCCACCGUAGUCCGGGCUGUUGCAUUAACGACUCCACCCCCUUUUCUGUUCAGACACUUCCACUACUGUCGAGGCACAGCUAUUGCCCACUGCUAUUGUGAACACAUGGCUGUGGUAAGGCUGGCGUGUGGGGAUACCCGCUUCAACAAUAUCUAUGGCAUUGCUGUGGCCCUGAUUAUUGUGGUGUUGGACCUACUGUUUGUCAUCCUGUCUUACAUUUUUAUUCUUCGGGCAGUUCUGCAGCUUGCCUCCCAGGAGGCCCGCUACAAGGCAUUUGGGACCUGUGUGUCUCACAUUGGUGCCAUCCUGUCCACCUAUACACCCGUGCUCAUCUCUUCAGUCAUGCACCGUGUGGCUCGCCAGGCUGCCCCCCACGUCCACAUACUUCUUGCUGUUUUUUAUCUUCUCUUCCCACCCAUGAUCAACCCCAUUAUCUAUGGUGUCAAGACUAAGCAGAUUCGUAAUCAUGUGCUCAGACUAUUCCAGAGGAAGGAUGUGUAA